AAGAGGAUAUGCUCGCGUGACACUGCACUAGCGCCCACGGCUCGGCUCGGACAAAGUGGGGAUCCGCUUCUUGGAUCUGAUAUCGAUAUCCAGAAGAUUGGACGGAUUCGCAAAUCCGACUAUCCAAGAGUAAGGGGUAUCUUAAAUACCUUGCCUAAACCGACGAAACAGCCGAAUGGGGAUCUUUACAGGCCAGUCGAACAACGACGGCCAAUCAUGCAGUGUGAAUGGACACAUCAGUAUGCGAUUCCGAAAUUGCGACGCGAAGGAAUUUUACAUAGCUAA